AUGGCGUCGACAGUACGGGUAUUGGGUCUGCGCUCUCUGCCGUCGCUACGAUGCUCGUCGUCGUCGUACAGUCGACUGGCUCGGCCCACCCCGCUUCUGACUGCCCAGACGCGUCUCUUCUCUGUCGGCCUGCAGCGGGUGUCUCAACGACCAGCGCUGGUCUCCGCUUCUCUCCUUUCACGGUCGUAUGCAACACAACCUCCAGCAAGCGAAACGACGGAAGCAGCAGCAGCAGCGACAACUCCUGAGCCUGAAGUCCAAGCCAUCGUCGAGUCGGUUUCCGACCCACUGUCCUUCACCGACGCUGUUGUCCACCAAAUUCCUCCAUUGGCCUAUGGAGAUUUCGCUGCCCUUGGACUGGCUUCAUGGUCACCGAUAGGUCUUAUUGCAUGGUCCUAUGAGCUUCUCCAAGUCUCCACCGGCCUCCCGUGGUUUUACACCAUCAUUGCUGGCUCCGCCCUCUGGCGAUUCGUCUGCGUUCCCUUCGCAUUGUCGAACAUUCGCAACUCCACUAAACUCCGCCCAUUCCAACCUCAAAUUCUUCAAGCUCGAGAACGUAUGACCGCAGCCCAAACCAAACGUGACGCCAUCGAGUUGCAGAGAGCGAGUGUAGAGAUGAAGAAGGUGUAUUCGGAAGCUGGUGUCAGUCCCUUCACAGGCAUGAUUCUUCCCAUGUUCGCGCAACUGCCAAUUACUAUUGGUAUGUUCUUUGCGCUGAAGAGGAUGGCCCAGCUGCCCGUAGAGCAGAUGAAGGAGAGCGGUGUCGCCAUCAACCUCGACCUCCCCUGGACCGGCCCCAUCUCGUGGUUGUCCGACCUUACCGUUGCCGACCCCACCUAUCUCCUUCCCGCUGCUUUCUGCGGUCUCAUCAACUUGCAGAUUGCGGUUGGUGCUAGGGAAAUGGACACCAGCAACCCCAGCGCUGGUCACCUCAUGAACGUCUUCCGCGGCUUGUCCGUGUUGACCAUCUACUUCAUGUCAAGCUUCCCCCAAGGCCUCUUCUUGGGCUUGUUGACCACAAGCGGUUUAACCAUCGUCCAAUCUCUCUUACUCAGGAGUGAUGGUGUCAGGCGUCUUGUCGGUAUUCCUGUGGUUAAGAGGGAGAUGCAAGGCAAGCUGCCCAGUUUCUUGGAGAGUUUCAGAUAUGCCAGGAAGAUGAUGGAAGAUAAGCAAAAGGCUGCUGUUGCUGCGGCUGCUCAGCAGCACAGGCACAAUGUUAGGAGGGGCCCCAAGCCACUUUAA